AUGUAUGUAUUUUUGAUGCCCCAGGGCAAGCUCGUGGAGAUCGACAACCAGAAUCUUCAAGAGCGAGUUCUUAGCCUAAAAGCAUAUCUUGCAAAAUACCAUGAUUUACCCCAUGAUCGCCAAGUUCUCUUUAUUAACGGAGGCGACGAACUUCAUGAGGACAAUUUACUCAAAGAACACAGUGCCGGAGACGACCCUACAAAUCCUAUUUUUGUCUUCUUACGUAACAACGACAUUAAACCGGAAGCCUAUCCAUUUAAAGGCUUUGAUCUGCUUCGAAAGUUGGAGGAAUUGAUUGCUUCGCCCAGUGGACCGAGUCUGUCGGCAGUUCGACCGUGUCUCCAAGACCUGUACAAGGCAUCAUCCGACAGCUUCUAUGUUGUGGAGCGACUCCUCACGGAACAACGACGCAUGUGCGAGGCACAGACCAUCGCCCUAGAAUCCAAAGGCUGGUUCAUCGUGCUAGUGCACUUCGAUCAAUUGAUGAAGGCUUCCAGGGCGAGUUUGGAGGACUACUGGAAAGACUACGACAAGUUCUGCGGUGAAGUUAGCCACUGGGAAGCCAACUUGAAGAAAUUCGCGUCAAUUAAGAAGAGGCUACGAAGCGUGCCCCUGCUACCCUCGCUGUUGCCAAUUUCUGCGGAAUUGACGCAGACAGAAGCCGUGGAGCUCCACGGUCCGCCGCGCACCCUCUACGACUGGGUGUGCCUUCAUUUCCUCCACCUGAAGGCGCCACGCCGUCCGAACGUCUUUCCGCUCGCCGGCACCAUCGGCAGCAGUCUCAACCUCGCGGGUUCGCGUGCCGGCUCAGAGGUGGGGCUAGCCGCGCGCGCGGCCCUCGUGACCUCGGGCAAGACGUCGAUGUCGCCGAUCUGCAACGCGAACUCCUUCUACCUGUCGACGUCGUCGCCUUCCUCGCAGACCGCGACGCCGCCUGUCGUGCCGAGUCUUGAGACGGCGCUUCUCGAGUACAUCGAAGACACCGCCUUCCGACUCAGCCAGGUCAGGGAGGCGGUCGGUGGACCGAGACGAUGUCCUUCGUCUUCUUCAAACGGCGAGGAUGGGAAUUCGAUCCUCCUGUCCGAAGAUGAGGAUGACGAGGAGCAAGAGGAGGUAGAAAGCCAUGGGGCGCACUUGGCAACGGUGUAUUCUCGCCUGAAGACGUUCGGCGAGCUUCUAGACUCCGCACCCAGCGAUACAGAGUCCCACGAGGCCGAGGCGCCUCCCUCCACUCCCUCCUUGGUCAUACCUUCGUCUAGCUACAUCGCGCCGUUCGACUCGUCCGAGUGUGUGCACGUCGGCAGGUGCUUCACUUCGGACGACGCGGUGGACAUGCGAGGUGGUGAUGUUGGCGUCGCCGCGUCAUCCGACGGCAGGAAGCUCAGCUGGCGACACUCAAGGAAGCACUUCAGUUGCCACCUCAACCAGCUCCAAAAACUCCAAGACCAGGCGACUCACGAUCAGAACUGCCUUCAGCGUCUGUCGGAGCAGCUGUUUCUGGAUUGGCAGCGCAGAGAGUCGAAGUACUCGCAGCGACAUUUUCGUGAGGUCCUAAAGAAUCAGGAGCAUAUGCUCUCGGCUAUUGGCACUCGUUUCCAAGGUCUCAAGAAGACCUUCGAUGACGUCACGGGCCUGAAGUUCAAGCUGGCUGAGUCCAUUUCCACGCUGCAGGAGUGUUUCAAGGACCUCGAGAGCAUUUCCACGUGCAGCGCUCUGCUUGAUCAGCUGCGAGACACGCCCGAGUUAUACAUCAAGUGCCUCCUGGAGAUUGUUCGUCGUCGCAGGGUUACGGAUGUCUGGAUUUCCAUCAACGACCAGUACUCAAAGCGGCUGGCGGCUUUCCAGCGGGACGAAUCGAGCCGUCGUGAGACCAUCUCACGUGAGCUGAAGGGCCACAUUUUGCAGCAGAUAUUCAGCCCCCUGCGUAGCCCCCGAUUCCCCGUCGCCACGUGUCUCGCUCCCGGCGGUAUUCGUCAGUACUCCAGGCUCUCCCUCGUCCUCCCCACGCCCUCCACGAAGAGGCUGAACCGGGGGAACAAGUGUUUAUCGGCGAGUUAUCUCAACUUCACGCCGCAGUGCUCCUCCCCCUUCCGUCUCCCCUCGAACCGUCCCGCGCAGGCCGCGACCGUCGCGAGUGCUCGUCGCAUUCCACAGUCGUCGCUCGAUCGGCAAGUGGACCCGCUAGAGCGCAGUCUGGAAGGUCUGCCAAGUGUGUCGGAGGAGGACCUACGCGAACUGAUGCCUCAGCUGCCAGAGGAUUUGGCACACAUGAUUGCGGUGGUGCUGGAGGAGGUGGCGACAGAGGGUGACGCCCUGGCCUUCUACCUCGACGCCAUGACCAGGGGUCCAACGCGUCGACCGCGACUCCUAUCCAGCCCCUGCCUCCUCCUCCGGCCUCAGUCUCCCACCCAAUCGCCAACGUCGUCGUCCAAAUCGCGAUGCAUAUCAGUUGCCACGAGUACGGAGGACGGAAAGCGGUAUUUCAGCUCCGCCGAACGACUUUCCUCCAUUUUCGAGCGGCCCUUAUCACACAACCCCGUUGAUGCCUGCGCUUCUUCCAGGCCUCCUCCACCUCCACCCACCGAAGACAAAGCCGUGUCCGUCGCGCUGGAGGCAGCUUCUCUCGAUCUCAGUGUCUGUGAUUCUCCCGACCCCCGCCCCGCCUCCCCGCCUUCCAAUGCGGCCCCCUUCAUGUCCUUAUUCCCUCCACCGCCACACUCCGAACAAUCUUCCCACUCGUCGUUGAUGGAGCCCAGCUCGGACAUAUACCUGUCCAUGGACGCGUCGGCCUUCGAGUCAGACCAGUCGGCCGACGCCAACAUUUCGCCGCCCCAUCAGCCACUGCAGUCGGACACCAGGUUCCACUCGUUCGAUGGCAGCAGUUCCAACGAGUCCUCCCUCGUCGCACCGAAUCCUCACUUCGACGAGGCCCUCACAUCCCAACGCGACUUGUUGAAACGCCUGUAUGCCGACCUCAGCCGCAUCCUGCCGGGUCGUUUUGCCGCCCUCACUCUAACCUCCAGCCCAAAAUUCAAACCGGUUGAGGUGAUUGCACAACGAACCCAAUUGUCUGCCCACGGUGACGCAAACCAAACCAGCUUCUCAAAAUGCCUUGGGAAAAUCCGAGUCGUACCUCGGUGUGGCGUUGUCAACGAUACGCGAGGUUCUGGGCUACCUGGAAGACUCCGACGCGGCGUUCCAGACACCGGCGGCUUCAACGAAUGUCGAGACACCGUCUUCGACCUCCACGGCUAG